UCGAUGUUCGGCAUCUUAUUUAGAGUGCUCCCAGUGAUUCAACUCCUGUGUAUGGGAGUAUUGGGUUUACAUCCGGACGAGGCGAUGAAAUACGAUUGGUUCGUGCGUAACAUUGGCGGUAUAUCAGCCGUCCCUGAAGUCCUCCCUAGUGGCGAUAUAUUCGUUGGCACUGAUGAAGGGGUUAUUGCUGUGCUAGCUAAGGAUACUGGUAUCCUACAGUGGCGAACUAUUAUGUCGCCAAAGUCAUCGAUCGUGGAUAUCCGUGUGCUUGGAAGGUCCAACGUUGGACUGGUACAGACAGCGAAGGGGCAGUUGUUCGCAAUAGAUCUCGAAAAGGGCAACAUCGUUCGGGAGCUGACGAGGUCCAAGGUCAUCAACUUCGACGUUUGCGAGAAUCUAUCCAAUAAGAUGCAGCCUCUUAUUCACGUUGGCUGUGUUGAUGGUCAUCAUAUUUUCGAUCUUGAAAAAGCUGAGCUCAAGGAGCCUGAUAGCAGUAGUUUGCCUACAGCGGUUUCCUGCUCUUCUCGAAAAGAUGGUACCGCUUUGGAGUUCUCGAAUGAGGGUCUUGCCUCGGCUACGGCAGUGUUCGUAGACGGCGAUGGUUUGCAUGUGCGGGUUAGUCCGAUUAAGAUUGAGAGAUAUCUUAUGUCCACUGGUGGGCCUAUUCCGUAUCUUGAAACGGGAACCUCUGAGGAAUCUGAUUUUAUUAUGCGAGAGAUCAAGUUUCCGACGACUUCUAUUGGAAACGAAUUGGAGAUGCUGAACAAUCCUGAGGGGUUUAUGAAGGGUGAACAUGUGUACACGAAGAAGGUCGGAAAUGAUAUGAAAUUGGAAGUUAACUUUGAUGAUCUAUCAUUACGUAUGAAGAAGGGCGAGAAGGUGCUAUGGACUCGUGAAGAGAGCUUGUCGAAACCGGCACAAGUCGUGACUCUCACUGAAGCCGGUUCUGGUAACGGUGCCUCUGUGGGAGGGUUGAUGGACAUCAUCCCUACGUCUAUGGCUGAGGUGGAAGCUUUGGUGGCCAGGACGAGUGCAUGGUUCGAUGAUAGAGUUCAGAGUAUUGGUAAGCAGAAGGCUGAGGUCAGUGUGCCUGAGGCUAAGGAGGUGGCGAUUGAUGGAGUGGUUCUUGGGAGGCAACCUGGCAACGCGCGCCAAUUGGCUGACCUUAUUGGUCCUCACUUGAAGAUAGGAGUGGUUCUAUCGGAGACGGGGAAGCUGUUUGCUAUCGACCUUGCCACUUCGAAGAUCCUAUGGUCGAAAAUGGCGAGCAGGGAUUGCGUCAUAGACAGAGUGAAGAAUGGGCCGAAGAUCUGGUUGCGAAUUUCACACUCGAAUGGGAAAUACGAUCUUAUCGAGCCAACGACAGGAGACGUGGCUCAGUCGGGAGAGCUUGAUGAUAGUUCUAGUGGGCAUACGUAUGCUCUCAAUGGUACCAACUUUGUCGGCUACUAUGCUGGCAAGGAGGCUUGGGUCCUCCGUUUGAAUGAUGAUACGGAGCAGGUUGUUUCUAUUGUGGAGCCCCGACAGGAUUAUUUCGGUCAUGUACCUGUGGUGGUGAAAAGUGAUGCCUCGGUGUUGUACCGGUACAUCAAUGCUAACCUCAUUGGUGUGAUAACGGAGAACUCUGCAGGGUAUCUUUUCGUGAGGCUGAUUGACUCGGUGACGGGUGCAUUGGUGUACGAAACAAAGGUCCCCCACGCGUCGGAGCCAAUUAUGAUCAUCUUCGAUAACUCUGCUAUAGUGUACUAUCAUAACGAUAAGGCCAAUAGGAACGAGUUGUUAGUGGUUGAUCUGUUCAAGGACAGGGACGACCAUGGAUUUUGGGAGACUAUGAAAAUGUCUCAAAAGGCUAGGGAGGACGGGGCCAUCGAGGGUAACUCCACUAGAGUGUCGGCUUAUGCUCUGGAGAUGCCCAUUGCUGCUGCACAGCAGUUUGUGGUACCUCAGGCUGUUAUUAGUAUGGGAGUGAGUACUACGCAGAAGGGUAUCACUCCGAGGAGCGUGUUCUUGGGGUUGGCCUCUGGUAAGGUUCUGGCUGUGAAUAAGGAUACUGUGCUCAACCCUCGUCGUCAAACAAACCAUCCAGUGAGUGGCCGUUCGAGCCGUCUGCAGAACGUGGCGUCUGAUAAGGACCAUGAUGCUUCGCUUCCUGCUUAUGCGCCUUUGAUACCGGUGAAAGCUACUGAUGUGGUCACUUAUAGUAAUCAAGUGGAGGGGUUGAAGUUCAUCCGAACAACGCCGACCCAUUUCGAGUCGACCUCAUUGUUGGUACUCUUCGGUUUGGAUAUGUACAUGAUUCCUACGAACACGGCGCAGCGUUACGAUCUGCUUGGACCUGACUUCGAUUAUCCUCUACUGACUAUCAGCAUUGCUGUUGUCCUCGCGACAAUCCUUAUCACAACGCGGAUGGCCUCGCGUAAGGCUUUGGAGAACCGAUGGAAAUGA